AUGGGGGAGGUCGUCGUUAGCGGCGGCGCUGAUGCGAGGGCGGAGAAAAGGAUGGAGAAGGCUGGAGAGGAGCCACGUGAGCGGAUGGUGAGAUGGGAGAAGUUCCUGCCGCGGAUGUCCCUGAGGGUGCUGCUAGUUGAGGCCGAUGAUUCGACUCGCCAGAUCAUCGCGGCGUUGCUUCGAAAAUGCAGCUACAAAGGUCGUUUCUGUCAUUUUUACUCAGGAAUUCCUUUCAUUUUUCGUUUCUGGGGUCUUCUUUUUGUUGUGUAUGUACGUCUGAGAUGGCUAUUUUUUCCCCUGAGGUCAUGGAGUUUUUACACCGGAUCUCGUCUUUCUUCCUCGUAGUAAAGGUUUUAGCUGCCUCUGACUGUGAUUUCUCCGCAUCUGUGUUUUAUUUUUUGUUUGAAAAUUGCUUAUUUUCCGUAUUUUAUUUCAACGGUGAAUUUACAGUUUGAACCAACUAUCGUUGCGUUUUGCUUUCUGUUUACGAAAGGAAUUUCUAAUUAAUAUAUUGAGCUCGUAAUUCUGUAAAACUUUAUAAUGCUUGUGCGGCAUUCAAACUGGAAAUUGCAUUUUCUAUCAGCCAGAAAAUGAACCAGGCAAUUUUGUUUAUUGUUUAUGUUUUGGUAUUGAGUCAAGCAUGUCAUCGUUCGUUAUGUUUAGCCCUUAAAUGCCUCUGGUUAUUCCAAGUUUCUGAACUGUUGCUAUUUACCCUUUUUUGUCCUUUAACCUAAGGGAGUACCCAUUUUCUGCUAAUGGAAGCAACAAGAAAAAUAAAACAAAGAGGCUCAUUGGGAUUUGGAACGUGUUCAUAUUUUUUUUGUUUAGUUUUUUUUGUCCAUAAAUAGUUUGAUAGGUUUGAAUCAGUUUCGCAUGGGGGGUCAUAUUCAAGUGUAAGAUACAUUGAUUUUACUUCCAAAUGGACGAUAAACUCGGUAUAUUAUAUGUUAGUGGGGGAAAUUGUUUCUUUGACCACCAAAAAACUCAUUGAGGAUGUAUCUGUCGAUUUGAUUUACUUACUGUUUAGAACGCCAUAUUUCAGGCUACGGAUAGUUUUGCUUUUCAUCCACAUGAAAUUCACAAGUGCCAUUAUGCUCGUUUUUGCACACAUCAAUUCCGUAUUUUUAUUAUUGUAAUCGAUAUACUAAAAUCUCCACAUAUUUAUGCAUCCUCAAGUGUUUAAUUUUUCCUUGAAAUAUAAAUCUCGAAAAUUCUUUUUAAGAGUCCUGCUGAUAUCCCCCUUUAUUUUAUUUCAUGAACAGUUGCUGCAGCUUCGAGUGGAUUUGAGGCAUGGGAGAUAUUGAAGGAGAAGCCCCACAACAUAGACCUCGUUUUAACUGAAGUAGAGCUGCCUAAUGUGUCUGGAUAUGGGCUUCUCAGCAUGAUAAUGGAGCACGAUAACAGCAAAAACAUUCCUGUUAUAAGUAUAAAUCAUAUGAAAACUCCUCAUUUAUUUUUCCUUGUGGCACAGCUGUUAUAGAACAUCCUCAACUCUCUGUUUUUCUGAUGCGUGCAGUGAUGUCUUCAUAUGAUUCAAUGAGCAUGGUGUUCAAAUGCAUGUUGAAAGGGGCAGCAGACUUUCUUGUCAAACCAAUCAGAAAGAAUGAGCUGAGAAAUCUGUGGCAGCACGUCUGGAGAAGACAAUCGGUGAGCUCUAUUCUUACAUCUACUUUAGACCAUCUUUCAUGACACUGCUCGUAGUGAAUUUCCUGUGUUCCAAUCGUCAUGCUGAUCAGCGUCAACGCCACUUCCGUUUGUUUCUUCCUGUUGUCAGUCAAAUGGUGGUCCUGGUGGGACCUGUGCACAGCAAGUUGAGAACAUCGCUCCGCUGACAAGUGGAGCAAACUCUGAAUACAAUUCUGCGAGUAAUCACUCGAGUGAUUUCAUGGAUUCUCUUCACAAGAACAGGGAAUGCAGCAAGAAAGGAAGUGAUACCCAAGUAAGUUCUCCUCCCGGAAUAAAGAUGCGUGUGCCAUUUAUAGAAAACGUUCUUGUUAAUACUUAAUGUACAUGAGCUCUUUUCUGAGAGCAUGUCGUUCUUGCUAAUUAUGCAUAUUCCUCGAUCUGGAUAAAGGAAAAUUUAUCUGUUCAUUUGCAUCCUAAUCCCGGAUUUCGAAGGUGUGAUUGUGUCCAUCGAGUUUCACAUUGACACCGAACACUUUUCCGCCUCUUGCGCAGAGCUCUUGCACCAGGCCAGAUACAGAAGCUGAGAGUGCGAGCCUGCGUAUUAUUCGAGAGCAGAGUGAAAUAAACUGCAUCAACUCCAUUGGAGACCGUAUGACUGAUCAGAAAGAUGAUAUUUCUGAUAAACUGGAGGAGAAACCUCGUAACUCGGAAAAUGAAACACAAGGUAAGCUUCUUCUUUCAUGUUAUUUAUAAGAUCGGCUCUGAGUUACCAUGGUUUAUGUCGAAGUAUCAACUCCGGUUAUAUUAUCUUAGGUAAAGAAGAUCCCAGUGACAGAGAAACUUCUGUAAAGAUUGCAAUGUCAACGGGCCGUUUUGGGGAUCGUAAUGUUCAGUAUGACAACAAUGAACAGAGCUUCGGUCAAAGCAGUUCUUCCAGAGAAGUUGACUUGACUGCUCCAGCGGAGCAUCAAUCACAUCAUAACUACGGGCUUAAAAGACGUCGUGUGCUUCAAGCUGGUGUGCCCAACGAUCAAGUCCUUGGCGUUGACAACAGUCAGAAGUUCAAACCCCAAUUGGAGCUUUCUUUAAGAAAGAUUCAGGAUGAGAACGCAGAGAAGAAAGUCAAAGAUGUCAGUAGGUUAAACCACUCACAUUCUUCAGCAUUUUCCAGGUAAAUUCCCCCCUAAAAACCAUUUUUGCUUCAGUGACCAAUAUCUCUCUUCCUUCUUAUCUCAUUCUUCUAUAAAAGGAAAUAAUUUCAGUUCGUGCCUUUUUCCAGGUACAGCGCCAGGAUAACUCCGUCUCCUCUCCCCCAGUCCACCGACCUCGGAGCUGAAGAACCCAGAGGCUCCCCCGGAGAUGGCAGUGGGCCAUCUGGUGAGAAUCCAGAGCCCACGAACGCUAAGAGCCCUGGCCUCCAGAAGAGAGAUGGAAGAAACCCACAGCCCAAUCCUGAGUUCCCUGCUCUCCCCCGUCCUGCCACCGGCGCUGCUCAUGACGAUCCCCGCUCCGGCUAUGGCUCCGUCAUCCGAACAGUGUUCUACUCACAGUCGGGCCCACAUGUGUGGAGCUUGUCCCCGGGGGUUGACCAGCCGAGCCUGCCCUGCCGUCCUGAUCGAGAAAUCGUCAACGUCCCUGGAGAGAAGACCCAUCAGCCAAGUCAACUCCCCCAGAAGCAAAUCCAGGAGGGGCAGUCCUCCGAGGAGAGGCUCCAUGUUUCGUCCAUCACAGGUCAGAGCGGGGGAAGCCCGGCCCACAUCUCCGGAGUCAACGUGGAGAGCGUUCAUGGCGGAGGCAGCGUCCUGACCUGCGACGGCGCCGAGCUGACGAACCUUCAGCAGCGCUCCAUGCAGAGAGAAGCGGCGUUGAACAAGUUCCGUCUGAAGAGGAAGGAACGUUGCUACGAGAAAAAGGUCAGCGCCGACGAACCAACCACCUUCGAUUAUUGUCUAAUUACAGUCUUCUUCUCUACGAGAAAAAUCUGACCGUAGAAUCGUCUUCCUCGGCGACGAUGAUCCCCCCGCAGGUUCGCUACCAAAGUAGGAAAAGACUUGCAGAGCAGCGGCCCCGGGUGAAAGGGCAGUUUGUCCGGCAGGCGAAGCCCGAUCUUUGA